UUGUCGAAGAUGACAUUUAAACCAAGUCCUCGUUUUCAGAGUCCCUCUGUUUCGGUAUAGAGGGAAGGCCAGGAUGAAGCGAAUGAAUCUCUGCAUAUUCAACCACUUGAAACUCAAGGUCCUUGUUUUCAGAGUCUCUCAAUUUUGGUAUAGAGGGAAGGCUAGGAUGAAGCGAAUGAAGGUUGCCUUGCAGAUAUUAUCAGAGGAGUCGUCCUUGCCUUCAUACGAUGAUAUUCAACCACUUGAAACUCAAGGGUAUUUUUUCAUUUUCCUUUUUAGUUUUGCUGGCUUCUUCAUUUACUCAACUCAUCGUCAAUCUCUGUCUCCUUGGGAUGUGAUGGUAAUUGCAAAAAUGAUUGUCAUUCCACCAAUUUGGCUUGACUAGUGGUUCAUAACUUCUUGCUUCCGGUAAAACAAUCAAUUUGUUGGAAUUAUUGUAAAGUUUUAGCUCUCCUUUCAUUACCAUCACGUUCUCUAUUUUCAGACUAUUCUCAAUCAUCUUGGCAAAGGAGGGAGGACAUUGCAUUCUUAGUCGAUAACUCAUUUCAUUGAUAAUAUUAUCAAUGAAUAUGUCCAUUUUUUCUUGAUCAAGCACAUCUCUUGGAUACCUAUUAAACAUGCAUUUCCAUCGUUGUAAGAAGAUCAUAAAAGAUUCACCAUUCUUUUGUUUAACAUUGCAUAGAUCCAACAUUGUUAUCUGAUUCCUUAUAUUGUAGGAGUAUUGUGAAAUAAAUCUAUUCACAAGUUCUUCAAAAGAUUUGAUUCCGGAUGGUAAUCUUGAAAACCACUCCAUUGAUUGUCCAUUUAAACUCCUAUGAAAAAGACGCAUAAGGUAAGUUUCAUCGUGGGAAAAUUCCAUACUUAUAGUACAAAACUCCCUAAUGUGAUCUUGAAGAUUGGAUUUUCCAUCGUAUUUGUCAUAUUUAGGGAUCUCACAAUGUUGUGGAAAUGGUAUCAUAUUCAAAUUUUUAUCGAAAGGA